CAAAACUUACAUCGGAAUAUAACACUGUCGGCACCGAGACAAACAAAAAAAAAAAGAAAAAACACAAACCACCCCUCGUUGGGGGCCAGCCAUCCUUACCACUUAUUAAGUGAGCCAUUCUAAGCCACGCUGGUCUCUACUGCCUCAAAAUCACCAGGCUGAGUGUUAUCUGUCGAUCACCAGCCGUUGACGCCAAAACAUUUAUAUCCCCACAGUGGUGCCUACCCUUCUAUUUUAUUUUAUUUUCUUUACCACCCACACAUAAGCACACAAGAGAAAUAGAGUCAUCGCACUUCUGUCCAUUCUUAUUCUCGUAUAACGCAGCAUUCCAGCCCCAACCCCUAAAACAUUAUAUACUUAGGGUCAGCCCACCUCUCCCACAUCAGAUCUCAUCGACCAGUCAGGAGGACCACCACCUCCUCCACCAUCAUCUUAAUCAUCACCAUAAUUCAUAAUCAUUACCAGCACCACACCAUUAGAUAGCUCUUUUAUUACAGUCAUGGACCUCCCGCCGCCCUUGACUAGAUCUCCCGUGUCCCCGCCAAAUUCGUACUCUCCUUCAGAUAGAUCUUCUUCCAUCGACUACCCGUCGCCAGAACUUGUGGCUCAGCACUACAGCCUCAGUCUUUACGGAUCUUCAUGCUCCAUGGCCUCGUCGGCUCAGGACCCUGAUCAUUCCCACACUCCUCUGGACAGCAUGGGCCAGCAGGAAUGGGCCCAUGUUACCAGCCAGACCAUGCCUAGCAUCGUGUCGGCAACAUACGACGGCUUUGGGGGCUUUGGUUCAGCGGCUUCUUUCGGACAGCCUGAUGUCUACGCUUCUCACCAGCACCAGGACUCGAUGCUCUCCCACAGUCCUCCUCCACCACACUCCCGAUCGCCAGUUGGCUCUUUAAGAGGUCCUUUGGGUUACACUUCCAGCACGCCGAUGAUGCUGCAGUCCAUGACGCCCAGGAUUAAGGUCGAGGCCGCGCCUCUGGAUUACCGCCACGGAGGGGACAUGACACAGUAUCCCUCGCCCGCCAGGUCGCUGAAUGCUUACCCAGCAGACGUCGGCGUCUACUCGACGACGGUGGCCAGCUCCGGGUACCUGUCGGACACGCAGUCGUCGGCCUGGAGCAACAAAGACUACAACUCAGCCGAGAACGACAGCUACUACAGCCCGGGCCAGUCGAGCCUGGGUGGUGGGGCCGGCGACCGACACAAGCAGGGGCGGGCGGUGCGGCCGUUGAAGAAGACAAAGAGGACGACGACGAGCAAGGAAGAUGCCAACUUCUUCUGCGAGGUCAAGGGCUGCGGCAAAAUGUUCAGUAGGAGCUACAACUACAAGGCGCACAUGGAGACGCACGACGAGAAGAGGGAGUACCCCUUCCCGUGCCAGACUUCAGGCUGUACCAAGAGGUUUGUACGCAAGACGGACCUCCAAAGACACCACCAGAGCGUGCACAUGAAGGAGCGCAACCACAAGUGCGACUACUGCGGCAGGUUAUUUGCGAGAAAGGACACACUUAGAAGGCACAUGGAAGACGGCUGUCCCAAGCGCUUCGACAUUGGCACCCUCGACCUGCGCGCCGAGAGCUAUUGUCAGAGACCAGUAAGCUCCGAUAUGGGCAUGCUCUCGCCAACGCACAGCACGCUACCUCCUCUGGCGAUGCCUUCUAUGGGCAGCAGCGUAAUGAUGAUGGCCCCGGCGAGGGGCAGAGACAUAUUGCCUAGCAACGACCAAGGUGCAAGAUCACAAGGUUGGGGUCGUUGAGAAAAAAAACCAUGUGUCGCUUUUAUUUUCUUCCUUUCCCUGUUUUUUCUUCAAAGCGGUUAUACUUUGGGGUGGGAGCAACACGGCGGUCUGUAUACGAUAUCUUCUUUUCCACGAGCCAGAGGUGUUCAUUCUUGUUUCCCCAUCUCUUUUACUUUGUUUUCCUCAUUUAUACCACUCUUGACAUACACCGCCCAAAAAAUACAUGUAUACAAAUGUACUAUAUAUCACGGCAGCCUCACGAUGAAGGCACAUUGCGGCUUGGUUUUUCUUUGUGGAAUUUCGCCACUGCUGGUUUGGAGGACUAUUACAUCUUUGGAGGAUCUACGAUAAUGAGAAUAUGCUCAAAUCAAAUCAAAAACAGUCUUUUGGAUUGGCAAUGCCC